AUGUGUGGAAACGAAACAAUUUCUAAAGCUGCCCUUCGACACGAUAUCCGUUUAAUUAUGGUUGGCUUUCAGAAUAAUAAAAAUUACGACUUUACAACUUUUACGGAAGUUUGGUCACAUUACAAUUUUUCAUUAAUACAUUUUGCUUGUCCCGAGAGACUUGUUAAAUUAGGAGUACUUUACGGAAUUUAUCUUUUAUACUUCACUCAACCAGAUAACUUUGAGAAGAUUAGAAUUCGAGUUUCUUUAAAAAUUUUCCGAUCUUUGGCACGUCUUCAUAAAUAUUGUCAAGAGAAUGAUAUGUUUGAUGCUGAAUAUGUUCACGAAAGGCUUAUAGCCGAAAAUGCCUUUGAAUUUGUGGCAGUAAUGGAUCCUUGUGGAGAAUAUGGGAGAGAUGUGCAUAGUAAAAAAAAGUCAAUUUCAAAUACCGUUGCUGAAAUUAAGGAUGAAAUGAUGAUGACACCAAUAAAUGAAAACCCUGAUUCUUUAAAAAAUCUCGAAAAAAUUUCCAACCUUUAUUACACUCAAAAACGUAAAAUUGUUGAUACGGAAGAUGCGAAAAUUGCCUCACGCAAGAUAACUCGAAAAAAGAUGAGAUCGGAUCCUAUUCCUGAAGAUAGUUCAUUAAUUGAUAUAUGGUCAAUUGUUGCUCCAUUAAGUGCUUCUGAUGAAAAUAUUGCUAUCACACUUAGAAAUAGACUUCCCACAACUUCAUUUCAAGUUCGUAACAAAAUCCGAUCACAACCAUAUAAUAACAGCAAUCGACAGUAUGUGCCUUUAGCCAUGCAGGCAGCGAUGGUUGCUGAACGGGAUGCAGCACGACAAAAUAAGGCACGACAUCGUUCUACUAGUUGUAACCACCAUGAUCGACAAUUAUUUUUAAUUAAGAAAAAGGGACGGCCUAUAACUCAGUGUGCACAUUGUCGAGAAUUGAGAAAAACUAGAAAGGUACAUGUCAAAUGUAAUUGUCAUGAAAAGCAAACAACGGGAGGAGGAGGAAGAGGAACAUCUACCCGUCAAUUGGAAACGGAUGAUUAUCAACCAACUACAGGAGACAAAACUUCAGUGGAAAAAAAUGUAUUUGUUGUCGUCCAUAGUAACAUUUCAUCAUCUUACCCAUAUUCAACGCCAAUUUCUCAAUCAUCUAUAAAUUCUUCAAAUCCAUUAAAUCCACCACUAAAUCCUUCAUUAAGUCCUUCAAAUAAUAUUUCAUAUUACUCCCAUUCUAAUACUCAUCCCAACGCUCACUCCAAUUUUCACCCCAAUACUCAUUCCAGUAUUCACCCCAAUACUUAUUCAAACAUGGUAGAAGGUGAAGAAGGAGAGGAUGAAAUAUCAAUAGAUCAAAGUGAAGUUUUAGGAAAACAAUUAUGUCACGCAUCAUCAAAUGAUUUAGCUAAAAUGAUAUAUCAACCUUGCUGUUCAUCUUCCACUUACUCUUAUUCAUAUUCUUCUUAUAAUAAACCCGAAGAACAUACAACUGCUUUUGAUGAAGAUGGUGUAUUAAUAUGUGGAUGCGGAUGUAAUAAACCAGAUGCGGAUUGUUCAAGUUGUACGGAUAAAUAUGUAUUUGGAGGUUCAACGUUGUAA